CGUAUUUCGCAGGGUGGCAGCUCUGUCACAUCGGUUUUUAAACCGGUUCACUAAUCGCACAUAUUUUCCGGUUACAGUUGCCCGACGGCUGUUUACGUCUCUUAAAGCCUUAUAAAAUAGUUUUUAUUGAUGUUUUAAAUUGCCUUGUUAGUUUAAUUUUUCACGUAUAACUUUGAACAUUUAACCAGCAUUGUUGAAAUUUGUAAGUUUUCGUCAUGGGUGAUCAAAAAACAGUCGAUUUGCUGUGGAACUGUGCCUCCAAACUGACCGACCAAUCCCACACCGAACGGAUCCUCAAAUCUUAUUACAUAACCACCUGCAGAAAACUGGCCCGGCACAAUGUCCAGUUGCCCGAGGACAGCUUUGGAUCCGCACGCAUGUGCUCCCGCUGCGGGAACCAGUGGACGGAUGGCCGCUACCAGCUCCACCUCCAGCCACAAGAACUGAAGCAGAGUGCCAAGAACCGAAGACUUAUCGCCCGGCUAGAAGCCGUGAAGAGCAAGCUGGCAAAAGGCGAUAUGACUAGCGGGGCCAGGAAACGGGCCAAGUGGCUGAGGAAGCGUAUGGCCAGUAACAUGGCCGUGGACUGCGACGUUUGCCAUCACAAGACGAUGUUGCCUUUGGAGAAGGGCCGGAAACGCGCCGAAGUCAAAGCCACGAAGGAGACAAUGGCAGCCGCACAACCUGCGCCAGCGGGCCAAAAUAAAAAGAAGGCUAAAAAGAAGAACUCUCAGGCGCCGAAUAAAGAUAUCAAUGCAGGCCUGAAGAUUCCGCAGCAGCAAAAAGCACCGCAGCAACAGCAGCAGCCAUCCAAAUCGUCAGCGCCGUCUAAAAAGGCGCCCCAACCAGUCGGAAUAGUUGCCCAAAACCCAAGUCAGCCGUCGAAGAAGAAAAAGAAGAAGCCUGCCCAGCCGGCACCCGCCGCACCCAAAACGCAGUCCAAAACUCAGAAGCAGAACGUACUGCUGCAGCUAGCCGCCCAGCUGAAGUCGAACGCGUUUAAAGACGCCAGCAAAUCGCAGCAGAACCGCCUGAAAGAAUUCCUGAAGUAGCGGCUAAAACAGCCCCGGCCAUGCAUUAAAGUACAAAGAAUGAAAAUACUUGUUGUGGCACAUAAUUAAGCGUUAGCACAAUACUAGAAUCAGACUCUUUGUGCCGCUUGAUAAAGCCAGCCGAGGUGGGAACCUGUUAUCCAGUCGCCCGGUCUUCUGGGUCGAAUCACGCAACGGCUAUGCACUUAUCACUGCUCACUGCUGCUCGAGACAAGUCCAGACGGGGGACCCAAGGUUGUCCAGAUAUUGCGCAGCCAACCUGGUCAGCAUGCUUAAUUUAUUUCUCGGAGCGCAACGUUUAAUUAAAAUUGAGUUGUUUGCCACAGCGUCCCAUGAACGCGUCCUUCAAAGCUGCUCCCAAAAAGGGCAGCCGAUCGGCUCUGGACAGCCCGCUUUAUCUGCCGCCGAUUGCAAAGAGCACACGAACAGGGGAAGGCUCCAGUCUCGGAUUGUCGUCGGCUUCGAACCAUGCCUCUACUUCUCCCUUUCUGCGCAGAAGACUUGGAUUUCUCGGCAGCUGCGGCAACAACAUCUGCCUGCCACAUUAGAAGAUUUCUGGUUCAGUCUGUGCCUCUCGACACGAACAUGUUGUGUCAUAUUCAGAAUGAGCAAUAGCAAAUUUAAUUUACAGAAAGUAUAUAAUUUUGGAGGAUUGUGUGUUUAAAUAAAGAAAGU